AUGUACGAUAGCAGAGGUGUCGCAUUGCAUUCUGAACUAAUUCAUAGAUGGAAUCACGCUUUUUCCAUAUUGUCCAUUGUUGCAUUUCCAAAAAAAAGAUUGCUGUUUGCCGGUAGCCAGGACUCUAAAAUUUUGGUGUUUGAUCUUCCCACGUAUAAUCUAAUACAUACCAUUAGAUUAGGCGAAUCGCAAGAAGAGACGCAUACCAGGUCUUCGGUAUUGUGCUUGGCAAGAUCAGAAGAUGAAAACUUUUUAUUUUCAGGCGGUGCAGAUUCUUUAGUGAGGAUUUGGUCCAUUGGCGAAAAGACCAUUAGAGAUGACUUCCUACCUGUUACUGAAAUAGCCACUGUUUACUCAGUGACCGAUAUUGGUGAUAUUUUUUCAUUGGCGUAUUUGGAUUCGUUGGAAACUAUUGUGUUUGGCUGCCAAAAUGCAAGCUUACUCUAUGUUGAGAACUUGAUUCAGAAAAUUGAGAAAAAAUCUUCUGAUAGAGUAGAAAAUAUCAAUAGAUUACCACAUAGAAGAUAUGAUAAGUUUUUUGAUUCGCUGGGCCCCACCGGGUGUAGUUCGAAUUCAUUAUCUCAAACUUCAUUGACCUUUCUACAGGAAAACUGUGGCGCUGCCAUCAUAGAGGUUCCCUCCGAAAACAUUAUUAAAUAUGCACAUUACGGGUUUGUUUAUUCUAUUAACAAACUGUGUCCCAGGUUUAACCAACUAUUGGAAAAGAGUUCCCAGACUUCUGGUGCAGAACACAUAAUUUCGUCUGCCGGUGAUGGGAUAAGCAAGCUCUGGGAGUUUUCUAAAGAUAAACAGCACAACACUGUUAAAAUCUCUCUGAUUAACGAUAAAAUCGACAAUGAAGAUAGUGUCAUAUCUCAAACCAUCGAGUUCCCAUUUUUAUAUUGCGGGUUAACUGAUGGGAUUAUAAAAAUCUGGGACUUAAAUACGCAGCAACUAAUCUCUACCCUGAAAACAAAGCAUGAAUCAGAUGUAAUUUCAAUAUCGGUUUAUAUGGACCAUGUAUUUGCUAUUGAUGAAUCAGGUAUCACACAUUUUUACCAGAACCAAGUUAAUCAUUGGAACCCACAGCAAGGCAAAAUAUUGAGCUCAGAGAUCUUCAGUAAAUCGAUUGCUGGAUCUGUUAGUUUGUUAACGGGAGGUAGUGAUGGAUCAUUGACCCUCUGGGAUAUAACAUCGUUGUUAUCUGCAGUACCUCUCUCAAGCAACACACCUAUCAAUGCAUCAUCUACACUAGAAACCACCAAUUCAUGGGCUGCUUAUCAGCCUGCCUCUUUAAAUAAUGAGGAGAUGUUAAACACUCUGAGAGAACUCAUUUCUUUCCAGACAGUGUCUCAGUGUAAAGAUACUGCUAAUACCUUGUCAUUGAGGCGUUGUGCAAUCUACUUGCAGCAAUUAUUCUUGAAGUUCGGAGCUACGAACUCCCAAUUAUUCCCACUACCUGACGGCGGCAAUCCUGUCGUAUUUGCAUAUUUUCAAGGGAAUGGGAAAGUUUCGCAGGUUAAAAGUGCUAAGAAAAAGCGAAUUUUAUGGUAUGGACAUUAUGACGUUAUAUCAUCCGGAAAUACAUUCAACUGGAAUACCAACCCAUUCACUUUAACUUGUGAGAACGGAUACCUAAAAGGUCGUGGGGUAUCAGAUAAUAAAGGACCAUUGGUGAGCGCUAUUCAUAGUGUAGCGUAUUUGUUUCAACGGGGAGAACUAGUGAACGAUGUUGUAUUUUUAGUGGAGGGAAGCGAAGAGAUUGGAUCUGCUAGUUUGAGGCAAGUUUGCGAAAAGUACCAUGAUAUUAUUGGGAAAGAUAUUGACUGGAUUUUAUUAAGUAAUUCUACAUGGGUUGAUCAAGAACAUCCGUGUUUGAAUUAUGGAUUGAGAGGCGUUAUUAAUGCGCAAGUAAAAGUCUGGAGCGACAGGCCCGAUGGACAUUCUGGUCUUAAUGGUGGUGUUUAUGAUGAACCUAUGGUUAAUCUAAUGAAAAUUGUAUCCAAACUACAAAAUGACCGAAAUGAAAUUCUGAUUCCAAAUUUUUAUUCUCCGUUGAAGGAUUUGACUGAAGAAGAAUAUCAAAGAUUUCAGAAAAUCACUAAGCUUGCCAAUAUCGACGAAAGUACUACUGUUCAGGAUUUAAUUACUAACUGGACUAAGCCUUCGUUAUCCAUGACAACCGUUAAGUUUAGUGGUCCUGGUAACAUUACGGUUAUACCCAAAAGUGUCACCAUGGGCAUUUCCAUCAGGUUAGUCCCUGAGCAAAGCGUUGAACAGGUCAAGAAAGAUCUCAAAGUAUAUUUAGAAGAAAGCUUCAAGCAAUUAAACACUCAAAACCACCUAGAAAUCAAGGUUUUGAAUGAAGCAGAAGGUUGGUUAGGUGACCCAACAAAUCAUGCAUACCAAAUAUUAAAGGAUGAAAUCACCGCUGCUUGGGACGUAGAACCAUUGCUAGUGAGAGAAGGAGGUUCUAUUUCCUGUUUGAGAAUGUUGGAAAGAACAUUCGAUGCACCAGCGGUUCAAAUACCAUGUGGUCAAUCAACUGACAAUGGACAUUUAGCUAAUGAAAAUCUCAGAAUCAAAAAUUGGUCCAACUUAACUGAGAUAUUGUCUAAAGUCUUUAAUAAGUUAUAA